AUGUCAAGUAGCCAACGAGCAGAAAGUGGACAUGCAUUCUUCAAGAAAUUUGUUUCGAAGAAUAAUUCAUUAGUGGAUUUUAUGAUACAGUUUGGCAGAGGACUAGUGCGUCAACGUCACGAGGAGUUGAUGGCCGAUCACAAAGACUUGAUUGAGAAACCUAAACUUAGAAUAAAUCAUGACUUUUUGGAGCAAAUGGUUGAAAUUUACACUAAUGAGAUGUAUUACAAGUUUAAGGCUGAAGUGUGUGACAACUUUAACUACAAGUUACAGUUUGUUAGGGAAACCGACAAUCGUCGUGUGUAUCAAAUUCAAAGAAAGAAGCUCGCAACAAGCAAAGUCCGCAAAAUCGUUUACGACAAGGACUUGGAUUUGGUUUCUUGUAGUUGUAAAAAGUUUGAAAGCGCCAGAAUCGUAUGUACUCACAUUAUCUCCUACUUGAUGAAAUUUGAUGCUGAAAUAUUGCCCGAUAAAUACAUCUUAAAGAGGUGGAUUAAGUCUGCAAAAUCGGGGACAGUGGUUGAUGAUAAAGGUAUACAGAUAAGCCCUGACAAUUCUUAUCUUUUAACACGGAGUCAAUUUAUCCAAUCAUCUUUGGAAUUAGUUGACAAGUCCCUUGUAUGUGAAGAAACGAGGAAGAUGUUUACCGAUGGAGUGCGUAUCAUUAAUGAGCAAAUCGACCAAUUCAUUAGUAGCCACAUGGUUAGUGACCGCACGGUUGUAAAGAGCUUCACCGAGAAAAAUAAUCAAAUGAGUAGUAAUUUAAUGGAUGAUGGUACUAGUGUAUAG